UCCCUCGUCCGCCCGCCCGCCCGGCCAUGGAGCUGCUGUGCUGCGAGGGCGCCCGGCAGGCGCCCCGGGCCGGGCCCGACCCCCGGCUGCUGGGCGACCAGCGCGUGCUGCGGAGCCUGCUGCGCCUGGAGGAGCGCUACGUGCCCGGCGCCUCCUACUUCCAGUGCGUGCAGAAGGAGAUCAAGCCGCACAUGCGGAAGAUGCUGGCCUACUGGAUGCUGGAGGUGUGCGAGGAGCAGCGCUGCGAGGAGGAGGUCUUCCCCCUGGCCAUGAACUACCUGGAUCGCUACCUGUCCUGCGUCCCCACCCGCAAGGCCCAGCUGCAGCUCCUGGGCUCCGUGUGCAUGCUGCUGGCCUCCAAGCUGCGCGAGACCAAGCCCCUGACCAUCGAGAAGCUCUGCAUCUACACCGACCACGCCGUGUCCCCCCACCAGAUGCGGGAUUGGGAGGUGCUGGUACUGGGGAAGCUCAAAUGGGACCUGGCUGCUGUGAUUGCCCAUGACUUCCUGGCCCUGAUUCUACACCGCCUGUCUCUGCCUCGAGACCGCCAGGCCCUGGUCAAAAAGCAUGCCCAGACCUUUUUGGCCCUUUGUGCUACAGAUUACACUUUUGCCAUGUACCCGCCUUCCAUGAUCGCCACGGGCAGCAUCGGGGCUGCCGUGCAGGGCCUGGGGGCCUGCUCCAUCUCGGGAGACCAGCUCACUGAGCUGCUGGCUGGAAUCACUGGCACCGAAGUGGACUGCCUGCGGGCCUGCCAGGAGCAGAUCGAAGCCGCCCUCAGGGAGAGUCUCCGGGACGCGGCCCAGCCCUCCGGCAGCCCAGCACCCAAGGCCCGCAGAGGCUCCAGCAGCCAGGGGCCCUCCCAGACCAGCACCCCCACAGACGUCACUGCCAUCCACCUGUAGCCACUGCCACCCACUCC